CUAAUAACUUACACGAAAUUUCACAAUAUUUCACCAAUGCGUCACCAAUGUUUAUUUACCUGUUUAAACAAACUUCAUCCACGCCAACUCUGUGCGUCAACACGUCUUCACCAAUUAUCACCAAAACCGCAACAUUAAACAUGGCAACCGCAAAAACCGACCUAUUCGACACAUCCCCUCUCUGGUUUCGUGACAACAAAUCCGAGCUCUUAUCACCAACAAACAUUACCUCUUCUCCUGACGUCACACUGCUAGAAGUAAUCGAAAAAAGCUCCGCAUUCCCUCGAAAAUUUCCCAUCGAAACCGUCCGUUGCCACCAACUUCGCACACUCAAAAUCCCCGAAAAUGUUCUCGAGAGAAAUAUUAAUUCGGCCUAUCCCGUGAUACACGAACAUGCUCUUCGUCUUUGUGCCAUGUUCCUCACGCAUCAAAAAAGAUUCGGCAAUCGGCAGUUUUACCAAAACAUGUCGCUGCUGGAACUUGUGGAUAGAUUUUUGAGUAAAAGAGCAGCGUUUUUCUUGGGUACCGGUGACUACUAUAUGCUGAUGGAUGGUACUGUCGGGGAAGGUGGAUGGGAAAAUGUUGGUACUCCUAACGAACUACCACCAUUGACACUCGAAAACUGUCUAAGUUACGACGAAAUGAAACUGUCGGCGUUUUUGUCGGUAUCGUCGCAUACUGUCUUCGUUAAUGAUGGUAAAAGAGACAAUUGUGGGGUUUUUGAAAAAGACAGGACGAGAAUUGAGGAGGAUGGGGUGAUUGUGGGUUUGAUUGGUACUAGACUGACUAAGGAAAAUGUGAUGGAACAUCGUGAAAUCGUGAAAACGCCUACCCAAAACACCCAUCGCUACGGAUAUGGACGCUUCUGCGUUCCAACUCUACAAGGAAUAUUUUCGAACUUUUAUGGUGACUCUAGUCUCACGUACGAAGAAAUGUUGUCCACAAUGAAGAGUUCCAAAGACCGUUAUCUUGGAGAGUUCUACGAUGGUUCCUAUUUUGAUACUCUGGUGUAUAGAAGAAGAAUUUCUCUGUCAAUAGACACUCUUCUAAUUGAAGCUAAUCACAGAGCUAAAAUUAUAAACAAAAUGGCGUACAUCCACGUCGUCGGAUUAGGUUUAGGUGUUUGGAGACUCUGCGAAGAACAAGAUGAAAUAUUCAUGGAUACGUUUGCAGCAAGACUCGAACUUCUCUCAGACGUGCUAACGAACAUCAGUGACGUAUGUUUUGCAUACAUCAACCACAAAAUGGCCGGCAACUGCAAACAUGGCGACAAAAUAGGCAACAUUAAGUUGCAUAUGGUUGAUAAAAGCGGCCCACACGUAAAACUAACGGGAGAAGAUGAAGGAAAAUUGUUGGUGGUGUCCUUUGCCUGGGACAGCAAUGCUUUACCAGGAAACGAAUUCUGGGAGGGUACUUUAGACAGUAGCAGUGAUCCAGCAGCUGCAUGUUCUACACAAGUGGCAGAAUUACAUAACUGGCACAUUAACAGAAAAGUUAACGCUGGGAAUUUGAGGGUUGCUACUUUGAAGGGGUUGGUUACAUUUCAAGAGUACCAGAAAAUGCAUGCAGAGGAUUAAUGUUAGUGUAGUGAUUUAUUUAUUCUUACUAGUUGUUGUAAAAUCUAGUCUGUGUUAAUAGUCGGAAACCUGAACUCUCGUUUGAUUUGUCAGACGUGCCUUCGCCUUUGUUUGUUAUUUUUAUUAUUAAUACAAAACUCUUAAUCUUAAAAUUAAAGAAAGUGAAUAAUGGAAAACAACGUUUUACAGAACAACCAAAGUAAACAAAAUUAAACGUUAUUUUUAAUCUCAAAAAUGCUAAAAUAUAUUUUUUUCUUAAUA